AUGCAAUAUGCAAUGUCGGACUGCAAGAAAGUUGUGUUGGUGCUAGCCUGUUUCACUGGGCAGUUUGUGUCCGUGGGCAUCUUCCUGUCCUAUGGGCCAUUGUUUCAGGCCUUGCUGCAUGACACCGGGAAGCACGCGGGGACUGUGGCCUUCAUCGGAUCCCUCCGAGACUUUCUCAUCAACAUUGUCCAGGCCAUGGCCGGCUUUGUAGUCAAGGACGUAGGCUUUGUGACCAUGGCUGCCGUGGGCGCCGUGCUCCUUGUUUCGGGCACCUUCCUGGACAGCUAUGCAGGUCUGUCCAUCCCGUGGCAUGUUCUGUGGCUCAGCAUCUUUUCGGGAGCAGGCAAUGCAUUGCUCUGGGUGACGCAGACGACUGUCUUAUACGGCCGUUUGGGAGAAAGGCAGCUGCCUAUCGCAGUGGCGGUAGCGUCUGCAGGAGGGGGCCUGGGCACGGUGGCCAUCAACGCGCUCUUCGAGCAUGGCAUCCAGCACCUUGGCUGGCAGAAGACGGAGCGGAUCCAGGCCCUGUGCUUUGCCUUCAUCCUCGGUCUCAGCAUCCUGGGUUUCUGGUGGGCCAUGUCCGACCAACAAUCGUCUUCUUCUUCCCGCACACUGACGAAUCUGACGAGGAAGAAGUGUACGUCCAUGUUGAGAGAUUUGCUACGUCCCCUGCUAGAAGUCGAAUUUGUCCUGGUCAACGUGGCCCUCCUACUCUACUUCACGGGUUUCACGGUUCCCUACACCCACCUGGUCUUCUAUGCACGGGAGAUUUGCGGCUACAGCGCUGCCCCGAUACUGAUGUCCAGUUUGGGCACCGCAAGUAUUGUUGGGCGGCUAGGUUGCGGCCUGCUUGCGGUCUUCUUCCCGGCAAGUAGGCUGUUCAUAGCCAUGAUAGUUCUUCAAGCGGGCGCGCUCACCUGGCUUCCCCUGUGUCAGACAGCUGGCGAGUUGCACGGCUUCGCUGUGCUUUUCGGCAUCUCCUCGGGUACGCGCGUGGCCCUCAUGGGCUUGGUGCUCAACGAGCUCUUCGGACCAGAACGGGUGCCCCACCUCUUCGGCUUAAGUGGCUUAUCCAUUGGCUUGGGUCAAAUGAUUGGACCUCCCUUGGUCGGCGUCAUCUACGAGCUCCACAGCUACAAAGAGGCUUUCUGGACCUCUGCUGGCCUCAUGUUGCUCUCCGUCCCUUUUCUCUUUGCGAUCCUCUGGCGCAUCCGGUCCAAAGUGGACAAGGACCAGGAUUCGCCAAAGGACGAGAGUGAUGCCUCUUACGAAGACGGCUCUUCGGAAGAUAGUUGA